AUGGGUCAGUUCCGAUCAUGGGUGCUCUGCGCCGCGCUGCUCGCUCUCGCUAAGGGCUUCACUCACGAGGAUUUGAAAGAAGCAAUGCUUCAGAAACUGGGAUUGAACGAGCUUCCUACAAUUCACAAGAGGGAUUUGGAAAAUCUUGUCGUCCCGGCGCACAUCAAGAACAAAUAUCUUUCCAUGCUGAAACUUCACAACAAACGGCGGCGGAGGUCCCUGCCUAGUUUGGCUGGUAUUCUGAGAGGCAUCCCGGGAAAUGCAGAUAUAUCGGGGGAAGUCAUGUAUUCUGACACUACCAGACAACGACUCAUCUUUGACAUGGAUGCCAGAAUCCCAGAUAACAGCGAGGUCACCAUGGCAGAGCUGAAACUGUUCAAGAAAGCACCACGAAAAUGGCAAAUGCCAGAAAAGAAGAACCACCGACCUGUCAACAAUGCGCGAGUGAGCAUCUAUUGGGUGGACAUCCUAGAUAACGGAUCCAACAGGACAUCGCUUGUGGAUUCAAGGUUGGUACCUAUCCACGAAACCGGCUGGAAGAGCUUUGACGUUACGCAGGCCGUCCAUUACUGGUCGAAAGCCCAGAGGAAGACUCCAAUGUACCUCGAGGUGUGGAUCGAGGGUGAGAGGCCGGGGAGCUACGCAGCGGAGAUGGCGAAGAGCGUGCGCUUUUCCACACAGGACCCGACUGACAACACCCUGGGAAAGCCCGAACUCGUGCUUUACACGUUGAACCUCGAAGAAUUUGGUUCGAGGGGCGACUGUGAAAAUAGGAAUGACAACGUGUGCUGCAGAGAGGAAUACUUCAUCAACUUCCGAGAGCUCACCUGGACGCAAUACUGGAUCAUCGAGCCGGCAGGUUACCAGGCGUUCCGGUGUGCGGGAGGCUGCAAGCAGCCUAAGCGUAACUAUGGCUACGGAGAGCGGACUUGCGCUGUCGUGGAGAGCGCGCCACUGCCCAUGAUGUACCUAGUGAAGAAGGGCGACUACACCGAGAUAGAAGUGGCAGAGUUCCCCAACAUGAUCGUCGAGAAGUGCGGAUGCACGAUGGACAAUAUUUCAGUCGUAUGA